AAACUGAACGACGAAACAUCUCUCUCCAUGAAAUUUAGGAUUUUGAUAUGGAGGGUGGAGCAUAGAGUUUUCUGCCGGCGGGAUGCUCCCGGCUAGCUUCCAGGAACGAGCGCGGAGCUUGCUGGAGCUGCUUUUUGACGAACCAACCCGCCUCCUGCAGUCUCCAUCACCUCUGCGCAAUACACAACAUUUGGAAUCGUGUGGACAACAAAGACAUCUACAACACGCAUCAUGGCCGACUCGAAGACACCCAACCCCCUCAAUCCGCCCCCGAGCCGAACACACAGGCCAAUGAGCGAGGCAUUGCUCAACGAGAAGUGGGACCACUGCCUCAGCACCCUCCUUAUCCGAAGUACCCUCGGCGCAUCCUUUGGCGUCAUAUUCUCCGUCCUCCUGUUCAAGCGAAGAUCAUGGCCGGUGUGGGCAGGCCUGGGAUUUGGAGCGGGAAGAGCAUGGGAGGAAUGUGACAGUAGCUUCAAGCGAGCAACUGCGGCUUCAAAAGAUGGGCUGCGUGUGAUGCGCCCGUGAAAGAGGAAGCGUCGCACAUACGUGCACCAUGGGCUGCGCAUGCUGGCGAGGGACCGGGUGGGAUUCGCACCGGCGACUUCCUGAAGCCGCUUGGAGCAGAGCAGAUGGGCAAUGCUGGGGAUACAGGACAUGAAAUGGACCAGGCGUACCGGUACAUAAUGCACGAUGGGCUAGGCAUACAACUCAGCAACCUUUGUACCUG